AUGCAGUCUGGUUCGAAUCCGCGCAAGCGCCGUUCGUCACCUCAUCUAAGCUCUACCGCAUCUAUGGCCACUCCGGUUCCUACGGGUCUCGCGCAGGACCCUAAUGUCGCCAGCGUUGCGGAGGCAGGUCCAGCGCCCAAGAAGAAGGGGAGAACUAACACGCCCUGGACAGCAGAGGAGGAACAGAGACUAAAGUCGAUGCGUGAUGCUGGUCGCAGCUGGAGUGAGAUCGCCAAGACGUUCCCGGCUCGAACCGAAGGUAGCGUCAAAAAACACUGGUACAAGGACAUGCACUAUGCCGAAUUCGCGGAGGAUGAGGUAAGGCUGAUCAUGACGCAUCUGCACCACAUGUUUUUUCUAACCCUACCCGCGAACCAGUCUGUCGCACUCCGCGAGGCAAUCAAAGAAUACGAAGCAAAUAAAUGGAAGGUCAUUGGGCAGAAGGUUGGGAAGCCUGCAAAGGCAUGCGAGCAAUAUGCAAAGGAGCAUUUCAAGAAUGUGUGA